CUUCACAUACCUUCUUCAUCCAGGUCCAUGUUCUUCUUCAGUUUGCUGCUAUCAGGCUAUAUCUUCCUACUCCUGCACACCACUCACUGCUACUCAAAUGAUAUCCCCCGACCACACUGAUAAACCGAGAAAGUCCGGAACUACAAGUACAACUCUUAUUCAAGAGAGGCACGAAGUCGGCGAGGUCGAUCAUACACACGAUCGCCAACAUAGCCUUGUUGAAUCAAAACUAUCACAUCACCUCUACUUCGAAGACAAUGAUGGCUUUUUCCCUCCUAGCUGGCUAGGACAGAAACCCCGCGACCGAGCCGGAACUUAUCCGUCGACCACAGAGACUGGGAUGGCAGAGGAAUUCGACCGGACGCUGGAUGGUUAAGAGUUGUCUUAGCAACGGAAGCUGCGGAAUUUCUGGCGUUGGUUAUUUUCCAUCUAAGUAGUUGGUUGAUAUACUUGCUCUUUUCCUCUCUCCUCGGCCCCUCCUGCUGCUUCGAUUAGCGGAUACUAUGGCUCUCUUUGAGGUUUUCUUGCAGGUUCGAGAGUUCUUGCAGGGAUGUUUUUACAAGCAGGCGCAAUUUGGAUGAAAACAAGUAUACGGUUAUUAUGUGAUCGCCGAAACUGGGCCUCAGGCUAGUUCUUAUUUACAUAGUCUUACGCCGCC